UGGACUUCCGGGAGGUUCUGGCCGGGGCCUCGCUCCGGGCUGUGCGGCAGCUUCCAGGCGCAGGGCCGCGUGCGGGGUGGGGGCGGGGGGAGGCAGGUUGGAGCCGAGAAGCGUCCCGGGAGCGGCGGCGGGGGUGGCGGGGACGGCAGGAUGAGCGCGGAGGCGGCCGACCGGGAGGCGGCGACCUCCAGUCGGCCUUGCACGCCGCCGCAGACUUGUUGGUUUGAGUUCUUGUUGGAAGAGUCGCUGCUGGAGAAACAUCUGCGCAAACCGUGCCCGGAUCCUGCACCAGUUCAACUUAUCGUUCAGUUUUUGGAACAGGCUUCCAAACCUUCAGUUAAUGAACAAAACCAAGUUCAACCUCCACCAGAUAACAAGAGGAACCGUAUUUUAAAGCUGCUUGCUCUUAAAGUUGCUGCUCAUUUGAAGUGGGACUUAGAUGUAUUAGAGAAAAGUCUGUCGGUUCCAGUCCUGAAUAUGCUAUUAAAUGAACUGCUGUGCAUUAGUAAGGUUCCUCCUGGAACAAAGCAUGUAGAUAUGGACCUGGCCACCUUGCCUCCAACCACAGCCAUGGCCCUCCUUCUCUAUAAUAGAUGGGCAAUUAGGACAAUUGUUCAAAGUAGUUUUCCUGUCAGACAGGCAAAACCUGGACCUCCUCAGUUAAGUGUUAUGAAUCAGAUGCAACAGGAGAAAGAACUAACAGAAAAUAUUUUGAAAGUGAUAAAAGAACAAGCUUCUGAUUCUAUAUUGGUGCUUGAAGCAGCCCUUAAACUAAACAAAGACCUUUAUGUCCACACGAUGAGAACACUGGACUUACUGGCCAUGGAACCAGGCAUGGUAAAUGGAGAAACUGAGAGUUCCACUGUGGGACUGAAAAUCAGAACUGAGGAGAUGCAGUGCCAGGUGUGUUAUGAUUUGGGAGCAGCAUACUUCCAGCAAGGCUCUACAAAUGCGGCUGCCUACGAAAAUGCAAGAGAAAAGUUUUUUAGAACCAAAGAAUUGAUUGCAGAGAUAGGUUCAUUAUCUCUUCAUUGUACCAUAGAUGAAAAGCGGUUAGCGGGCUAUUGUCAAGCAUGUGAUGUUCUUGUACCUUCUUCUGACAGUACAUCUCAACAGUUGACUCCAUACAGUCAAGUUCAUAUUUGUUUGAGAUCUGGCAGUUAUCAGGAGGUAAUAAAGAUCUUCAUUGAAGAUAACUUAGUCUUCAGUUUACCUGUCCAGUUCCGGCAGUCAGUAUUAAGACAACUUCUUCAGAAAGCUCAACAGGGAAAUGAAGUUCUAGAUGAAGUCUGUUUUAAAAUCUGUGCCUGUAACACAGUCCAUGAUAUAUUAGGAGGUAGAACAAUCAGUAUUCAGUUCAACCAACUGUUUCUUAAGCCCAAUAAAGAGAAAAUCGACUUUCUCCUUGAGGUUUGUUCAAGAUCAAUAAAUUUAGAAAAAGCUUCUGAUUCUUUGAAAGAAAACAUGGCUGCUUUUCUGAAAAAUGUGUGUCUGGGCUUGGAAGAUCUGCAGUAUGUCUUCAUGAUCUCUUCACACGAGCUUUUCAUUACAUUGUUGAAAGACGAAGAGCGAAAGCUGCUUGUUGAUCAGAUGCGGAAGAGAUCCCCUCGAGUGAAUCUGUGCAUCAAACCUGUGACUUCAUUUUAUGAUAUUCCAGCUUCCGCAAGUGUGAACAUUGGCCAGUUGGAGCAUCAGCUGAUAUUGUCAGUAGAUCCCUGGAGGAUUCGGCAGAUUUUAAUUGAAUUACAUGGUAUGACUUCAGAACGCCAAUUCUGGACAGUGUCUAAUAAGUGGGAAAUACCCUCCGUCUAUAGUACUGUUAUCCUGGGAAUUAAAGACACUUUAACAAAAGAUUUGGUUUACAUUCUCAUGGCCAAAGGCCUACACUGCAGCACUGUUAAGGACUUUCCCCAUGCAAAACAAUUAUUUGCUGCUUGUUUGGAGCUGGUAACAGAGUUCUCACCCAAACUACGUCAGGUCAUGCUGAAUGAGAUGCUGCUUUUGGAUAUUCACACACAUGAAGCUGGAAUGGGGCACUCAGGAGAGAGGCCUCCUUCUGAUCUUAUUAGCAGAGUACGAGGAUACCUGGAAAUGAGGCUUCCUGAUAUUCCACUUCGUCAAGUUAUUGCUGAGGAGUGUGUUGCUUUUAUGUUAAACUGGAGGGAAAAUGAAUACCUCACAUUGCAAGUUCCUGCAUUUCUUCUUCAGAGUAAUCCAUAUGUAAAGCUUGGACAGCUUUUAGCAGCUACAUGUAAAGAACUUCCGGGCCCCAAGGAAAGUAGACGGACUGCUAAGGACCUCUGGGAAGUGAUUGUUCAGAUCUGCAGUGUGUCCAGUCAGCAUAAACGUGGGAGUGACGGCAGAGUCAGUUUAAUAAAGCAGAGGGACUCUACGCUAGGUAUAAUGUAUCGGAGUGAGCUACUUUCUUUCAUCAAGAAAUUACGGGAGCCACUGGUUUUGACUAUUAUUUUGUCACUCUUUGUGAAACUUCACAAUGUUCGGGAGGAUAUUGUGAAUGAUAUUACAGCUGAGCACAUUUCUAUUUGGCCAUCCUCCAUUCCCAACCUCCAGUCAGUGGACUUUGAAGCUGUGGCAAUCACAGUGAAAGAGUUAGUCCGGUAUUCACUCAGUAUAAACCCAAACAAUCACUCCUGGUUAGUUAUUCAGGCGGACAUUUAUUUUGCAACAAAUCAGUAUUCUGCAGCCCUGCACUAUUAUCUCCAGGCAGGAGCUGUAUGUUCUGAUUUUUUUAAUAAGGCUGUCCCCCCUGAUGUUUAUACAGAUCAGGUAAUAAAACGAAUGAUAAAAUGCUGUUCUUUGCUGAAUUGCCACACACAGGUGGCAAUUUUAUGCCAGUUCCUCAGAGAAAUUGACUACAAAACAGCCUUUAAAUCACUGCAGGAACAAAACAGUCAUGACGCUAUGGACUCCUACUAUGACUACAUAUGGGAUGUUACCAUUUUGGAAUACUUGACUUAUCUUCAUCAUAAGAGAGGAGAAACAGAUAAAAGACAAAUCGCAAUCAAAGCCAUCGGCCAGACAGAAUUGAAUGCGAGCAACCCAGAAGAAGUGUUACAGCUGGCAGCGCAGAGAAGGAAAAAAAAGUUUCUCCAAGCAAUGGCAAAACUUUACUUUUAAGCAAUUAGUGAACUUUUUAACUUUUAUUUUUAUUUUUAACAAUGGGCUAAAAGUAAAUAUUAAAAGAUUAAGUUUAUAUGAUACAUAUGUACAUUUAGUGGUGGCUUUUUCCCCCCCAGACAAAAUACUAAAAACAUUACUUAAAAAAACAAACUAAACAGAAACUUAAUAACAAUAGCUUAAGUUUAUAAUUUCUUCAAAGAGAUUCACAUGUGUGCUAACAGAAUUAACUAGGCAUCUACUAGUUUGUUUUCUGGUUAAAUUCACUGGAGACUGGAAUUCAUUAUAAAAACUCAUUUAAAAUACUUAUGUGUAGUUAGUCUAUGUACAGUAAGUUCUUAUGUCAAGUUUUUGUUCUGUUUUAAUAAAUAAAUUUGUAAGAGCAGUAUAUAUUUAAUACUUUUUCCUUAAGAAAAUAGAAGUUUAGGUCAAGUGUUGAAUUUUAUCACUUUGACACUGUCCUUUAAUAAUGUAGGAGUUUAAAAAGGACCAAAAGAUUUACAAAACAUAAAUAAGGCCUUAAUGACAUUAAACUUAAAAAAAAAAAAAAAAAAGACAUUAGGGAUACCUUAGAGUAAUAAAGAAGUGACUUUCUCAUAUAAAUAGUUUGAAAGGAUACUUAUUUUUUUUCACCCAAGUUUGAUAUAUAAGACGUUUACUUUACAAACAAAGCCUCUAAUAGGAGUCAAAGCAUUUAUCUUGUUUAUAAAUUUCUUUGGUAGUCCCACAGCUUAGAGCAGUUCAAACACCAUGCUCAUCUAAACCUUGCUGGUUUAAAAAAAUGUUAUGACAAGAAGGCAAAUAAGCUAGUUAGAAAACAGAUUAAAGUUCACCAUUUGUAAAAGUUCAAGUUUUAUAACAGCUUGCUGCAGCAGCUGUAAAUUAGUCACCUUAUUAUAAAACUAAACCUUUGUAAACAAGUUUAAAUUUUAUUUCAAGAACCAAAUUGCACAAGUCAUGAGUGCAUUUUCAGAAUAUAAAAAACUAGAUUGAAAGUAUGGUUUCACUUAGUGUAUCCUUUAAGGUAGCACUUAAGUAGUCCAAAACUCCAAUGACAAAAUAGUUUACCAAGAUUAUUAUCAAAAUACCAAGUUUAUCCAAUAACACUGAACCUUAAAAAAUUUUCUGUGGCAUAAGUUGUGACUGACAUUUAUCUAGUCACAGUCACCUUGGGAACUGAAGUCACAUUUGUAGACAAUCCGUUUUCUCUGAAUAGCUAGCAAGAAUAAACCUAAAUUUCAUUUUUUCCUCAGUGCCAUUUUUUU